AUGAAAGGAAACUAGCAAAAUCGUCAUCUUGUUUGGCAAAAAGUAUCUGAAAUCAAAGGCUUCUAGGUUUUAUGCUUGGAUUGCAGAGUUUUUUUCGAUAACUAAAGAAAUCCAAAUAACUCUAAUAAUUCAAGUAGUAUUGUUUCGCACUUAAUCUAAUCAAAGCAUAACAAGGUUCAGUUACUUAUCAAUUCAGGCAUAGCAGUUUAAAAGCAUAUUGUUUGCUCAUCAUGUAAAUUAGGGGAUGUUUUUAAACUUUAAAUUUAUGAUUAUCCUCAAGGUAUUCUACUGCUUUGUAAUGAGUGUUCUUUUAAAUUUAUAAAUUAAACUAAAUUUAAAUAAGAUUCUGAGGUUAAGCACUCAACAGUUAUCUAAUAAAAUGAAAUCAAUUCCAUUCUUUUUGAUGCAAAGAGGGUUUAAUUAAAUCCAGAUAUUCUACAGAUAAACUAAAAUAAAAAAUCUAAAGUUUAAUACAUCAGAAAAGUUGAUGUAGUAGAAGCAAAUGCUGGACCACAAAAUAUUAGUUAAGCUUAAUAAUAAAAAUCAACAAAUAAUUUAAAUUAAAAUCCCUAAUUAAUCGGAUCAGAUAAAAUAUAAAAUAAAAAUUAAAAUGCAUCUCAAGAGUAAAAAAUUGAAAAACUUUUAAAAAUUUAAUGCUUAGAUUGCAAAUAAUAUUUUGACAACUAAAAAAUAAAUGGGUCUCUCAAAACAAGCAUCAUUAAGCAUCUUACUAAAUAGAAUCAUAAUAGAAUUACCUGUAUAUUAAACUAAAAUUAAUAAAAAAAUAUUACUCCAGAUUGCUAUAAAUGCAAGAAAAGAAAUGUUUUCGAUUUAACAAUAUGUAAAGUUAAUAAUGAAUAGUAUUUACUAUGCUCUUAAUGUUUAAAUAAAAGCAACGGCAGUUUAUUUACUAAUGAUCCAAAUAUAGCUAUGAAAUUGGUCAGCACUUUUCCAAAUGAACCACUUAUUACUAAUUAUUCAAUUAAUUCUACUUUCCUUGAUCAAUUAACGAAGAGCGAUUAACCUAAAUAAAUUUAAUCAGAUUAAACCUAAUUAAAUUAGUAAUCUAUCCCACAAAAUAUUUAAAUAGGCUUAAAUAAUAAUAAUAAUUAACUUUUAGUCAGUAAUAACAGUAAUAACGAAGAUACAUAAGUAAAGUGCCUUUAGUGUAAUAAUAUAUUUUAAAACUAAAGAAACAAGCAUGACAGUGUAACUCAAAUAGUCAAACAUUUAAAAAAGUGUUCCCACAAUAAAAUAGAAAUAUAAGAAAAGGCAAGAAAAACUUCUUUUUCUACAUUUAAAUGCCUAUCAUGCAAUUAAAACAACAUUUUUGUUCUAUUUAUUGUAGAAAUUGAAUCAUUUUACUUUGUUUUAUGUAACUAAUGUAUAAAUAGUAAGAUGAUUCAAUUUUAAGGUAAAGACUCACAAUCAAUUGAAAAAUGUAAGAAGUCUGCUAUUGUGUAAAAUGGAUCAAUAAAUACUUUAUUGAUGAACCUGACCAUCAAAAAAAAAGAAUACUAUCCAGUAAACAAUGAGCACAAAAAUUAACCUGACUAAAACUAAAUAGAAUAAGAUAAUAAUGAUGAUGAUUAUGAUUUUUGCCUAAAUGGAGGUAAUGACAAUCAAGUUUAAGUAGGUAUGUUGAAUGACCCUAAAACCUAAAAUAUCAAUAAUUAAGAUAGAAAUUUUGACUAGUCUCGCAAUCUCCAAUCAAUCCAAGUUAAUUCUAGAGAGGAAAAAAAAAUUGAAAUAUUUAAAAAUGUUGAAGCUUAUUAACAUUUUUUUAAAAAGAUCUUAAAUUAAGAAUAAUAUGAAAUAUCUAAGUAGAUAUAAUAAAGUGUUUUAACAACUAAAGCACUUAUCUUAUCAGAAAAUCAGUUGUAAAUAUAAGUUUCCUCCAACCAUCUAUUAAAAUAGGGUAAAGAAUUAAAAAUUAAAUGGGGUAAUUUUAAAUCCAAAUUUUAUGUAGAGAGUAUUGAUGAUCAUAAAAUCGUUAUUAAAAUUUAAGAUUCUAAUAAAUCUUUAAGUCGUUUCAAAGUAGGAAAUGUAGUAGAAAAUGUUUAAAUAAAAUUAAUCAAUCCUAAAUAGAUUUUUGAAAGAAUACUGUAGGGAAUUAACAAAUUUUCAAGUCUAGAAGAAUCUUUGUAAAAAAAAAUACUUGGUUAAUUUGAAAAGGAUGAUAAAUCUAUUAAAAGUGAUGAUUCAUUAGAAAUAAUUGACGAAUAAGCUCAAUAAGAUAUAGCUUAGCUAAAUUAAAGUUAGCUGUAAGCAAUUUAGUCAUCUCUCUCAAAAAAUAUUUCGCUGAUUUAAGGUCCUCCAGGAACAGGAAAAACUGAAACAGCAGCUCAGCUAGUUUUAGAAAUAUGGUAUAAAAUUAACAAAAAUUAACAAAACGAAAAGAUUUUAGUUUGUGCUCCAUCAAACUUAGCUGCAGAUAACAUUUCAGAUAGGAUUCAUGCAUAAAAUAGAGAAAUAAAAGUAAUAAGAAUAGUUUCUUAAGCUAGGUAAAGAGUAAAAGUUUCAUAUUAAUUUCAAGAUAUAGUUCUGCAUAAAGUACUAAAGAAAGAAGGUUUCUUUAAUAAAAAUAGUGUAUUGAAAAGAGCAAAAUAAUUAAUUGAAAAUGCUGACGUCAUUUGUACUACUUGCAUUAAUUCUGUAGAUAAGUUUAUAAAAGGUAUUAGUUUUUCAACAGUAGUAAUAGAUGAAGCAAACUAGGCAAUAGAACCAGAAACAAUAAUACCUCUUUAGCAUUAAGCUAAAAAAUUAAUUUUGAUAGGUGAUCAUAAAUAAUUGCCACCCAUCAUCUUAAGCAUUUAAGCUUCAAAAGAUGGGUUAAAAAGAAGUUUAUUUUCAAGACUUGUUUAAGCUGGUCUUAUCCCUUAAUUUUUAUCAAUUCAGUAUAGGAUGCAUCCAGAAAUAAGAAAGUUAGCAUCUUCUAUAUUCUAUCAAAACUAGCUUAAAGAUGGAGUUAAUGAAUAAGAUAGAACUCCUACUCCGAAGUUCAAUUGGCUAAAUAAUAAAAUUCCUAUCUAAUUUUAUGAUGUCUAAGGUUAAGAAAUUACUUUGUAAGAUGGUAAAAGUUUUAUAAACGAAGAAGAAGCAAAGCUUGUAAAAAGUUUAGUUUCUUAGCUUAUAUAAGCAGGUGUUAAAGAUAAUGAUAUUGGGAUAAUAACGCCUUAUUUAUCUUAAUCUAAUUAUAUAAGUUAAUUAAUAAAAAAUAGCAAUAUUUUAAUUGAUACAACAUACAGUUUCUAAGGACAAGAAAGAGACUACAUAAUAAUUUCAUGUGUAAGGAUCAAUAAUUUUUAAAACUUAGGAAUUUUAAGGACACCAUAGCUGAUUAACGUAUCUAUAACAAGAGCUAAGAGAGGUUUACUAAUAGUUGGAAACAAGAAACAUGUGAGUUAUUCAAGAUGGUGGAAACAAAUCAUUGAUUAUUUGGAUAAAUUAAAACUUAUUUAAGAAAUUAAAAAAGAGCCUAUCGAAAAUAUUUAUUCUAUUGAGAACAAUAAAAUCAUAAAUAAAAUUGAUGAAAGGCUAUGCUUCCAUAAAAAAAGUUGA